AUGACCCAGUCUGAAAGUUCACUCACCACUUUCGCCAAUGGCCAUCACCGACCAACUCACAAACACCACGGAAGUAUACAUGGGUCAUCGCCAUACACCAUCCCACCCGUAGGGCACACUGGCCAUGCCUUUGGAGAACACGUCAACGGAUGCACCAAGGUAACGGCCUCUGCUUCGGCGCCCUCGACUGUAGCAUCACAAAAACCUCGACGAAUCAAAUCCGAACAAUCAUCACCAGACCUCCGAAUAUACCCAGCUCUUCAAAUGACAACUACCAGCAUCACCCCCCUAGAGCUAACCCCUCAGUUGGCACAGCAAGCAUUAAAGCCUGCUUCAUCCCGCAUUCAACCAGGGCUCGUCGUAAAUACAAAUCAUCCACCUUUCACCCUUCAAGAUUUCCCAAGCCAAGAGCUUCUACCGUCAGCAGCAGAAUCCGACAGCUAUCAAUUUUCUGCUGGCUUGUACCCCCCACAAUCAGCGGGGUGGCCUCCAGCAUAUGGCCAAUUCGAUCCUACAUUUGAAGAUCCACCUUUAGACCCAUCUUACGACACAUCACAGAUAGAUAUGGGAUCGUUUCUUCGUUUUCAGACAGGACUGGCAGCAGGAUCAGUUUCUGGAGAUGAAAUUGAUGACUUCAUUGGUCCGGUGGGUGGGCCAAGCCCCUUGAAUGGGAAUGGAACUGUCACUCGAUCUUCAUCCUCUGACGCUUCAGAUCAAGCCGAGUCUGACGGAUAUCGUGUAAGCGCGGCCUCCUCGUUCAUCGGUCUACAACAAGUUGGAAUGGUCGCAAACACUAGCUUCGACGAUUUGAACGUUGAGAAACUCUUGGCUCUUGGUCCGACAUCGCGAGUAAACUCUUUUAGCACGGGAUUAGGCUUGGGGGCUGGUGUCGAUGGGGUAUUAGAACCUGAAGCACAAAACAUGGGAUUAUAUGGGGGCUACAGUGAUAGCUUUUUGAGCUCGAAGGACAUGAUGGUUACAAAAACGGCAGAACUUAGUGUUCUUCCGUCAAAUAUUGCUCCGAUAGAUGAGAGUGAAUUUCUGUGGAUGGCACCGUGGCCGGGCAGCGCACAAACUGGACCCCCUCCACCGGUUGACCAAUCAUGGACUAGCUAA